CAUUGCUCCCUCUCCCUUUCUCUUUUUCUCUCUUUUUCAUUCUCUCACUCCUUCCAUAUCAGAAGCCCGCAGAGUAGAGCAGUGUCCGUGUGGGAUGCGAGAAGCCAAUGAGAUGAGGACCCGAUAAUAGAUGCAAAUUAUCGUGAAAAGACACCGCAAAAUAUGAAACAACUCAUUUGCAGCGGAGUAAAUCACAGAAAACUGUUUGUGAACUGGCACCUCAUACCAGAAUUGUGAUGCAGGAGCACUUCAGUGGAGACGAUUUUAUGGAAUCGGCAUGAUUGUGGCUUCGGCUAUUUAGAUUGGGUGUUUUGAAAUCCAACAUCAGUCCAUAUAUUGCGAACCAGCUUGGGUUCUUUUUUUUUUACCCAAUAACUCUUCAAUUGCCUUCCUCUCGAGCGCUUGAGUCUUGAUAAUCACAAACAACAACAAAACCAACAACAACAAAAGAUGAGUUCAUAUUUUGUCAACUCUCUCUUCUCCAAAUACAAGAGUGGAGACUCUUUACGUCCCAAUUAUUACGAGUGCGGGUUCGCGCAGGACCUUGGGAGUAGACCCACAGUAGUGUAUGGACCAGGCACUGGAGCAACUUUCCAACAUCCCCCUCAAAUCCAGGAAUUUUACCACCACGGAGCGUCCACGCUCUCCAGUGCCCCUUACCAACAGAGUCCCUGCGCCGUAACAUGCCAUGGAGAGCCGGGCAACUUCUACGGGUACGACGCUCUCCAGAGGCAAACCCUUUUUGGACCCCAGGACGCAGAUUUGGUCCAGUACAACGACUGCAAGCUAGCCGCUGGUGGUAUCGGGGAUGAGACGGAGAGCACGGAACAGAGCCCCUCUCCAACGCAGUUAUUCCCGUGGAUGCGACCGCAAUCUGCCGGACGAAGGCGAGGCCGACAGACCUACAGCCGUUACCAGACACUGGAGCUGGAGAAAGAGUUCCUAUUCAAUCCCUACCUGACCCGCAAGCGGCGAAUCGAGGUAUCGCACGCCCUGGGACUGACCGAGAGGCAGGUCAAAAUCUGGUUUCAGAACAGGAGGAUGAAAUGGAAAAAGGAAAACAACAAGGACAAAUUCCCCAGCAGUAAGACAGAGCAGGAAGAGAUCGAGAAGGAGAAACGACAGAAGGAGCAGGGCGCGGGGACACACUCGUCCGGGGAAGACUGCGACAAAGCCAAGCAAAUGUGCAGACAGGAAGCGAGGGCGACAGACGUACACGCGUUACCAGACGCUGGAGCUUGAGAAGGAGUUCCACUUCAAUCGCUACCUGACUCGCCGAAGACGCAUAGAGAUCGCUCACGCGCUGUGUCUCACCGAGAGGCAGAUCAAAAUCUG